GCUACACAGAUACAAGUUAAAAAGGAAAAAGCAGUUUACCAUUUAUGUCUACCAAAUUUUCGGGUGAAUUUAUCCGCAACGCAACCAUGUAAACUUAAUGCAUCGCCCAGAGUCAUCUGUGUGUUCGAGUAACCACAGGUCUGAAGACUUGAAAACUUUAAGAAAUAUUGGUCGCAACUUUGAAAGUAAGGCACUACAAGGUCACUUGAGAAAAUUCGAAGUGUCGAUUUGAAGUCUCAUCAAAUCAUCAAAGACGUCCUUCAUGACAGUUACAAUUUCUGAUAACGCAUUAUCCAGGAGUGUUUGCAUUAUAAGACAUUGGGAGAUCAAGCUUAUAGACUUUUUAACAACGGGAGUUGCCGAGAGGAAUUAGUUACCAAACAUCUUACAUUUAACGGAUGAAAGAUUUUCCAUUUUUAUGUUAAUCAACAUCUUUGCAAUAAAUGUACGUAAAGAAAACAAGAGUCAGUUUUUGCUAUUAAAACAUUUAUAUUCUAGUGGUUGUCCUUUUCGUUACGCAUUUUCUAGGGUUUUAGACACCAAUUUGAAAACUACUCCACGUUACAAUUUAAAGGUUCUUUGCAGCCUAGUUGUUUUGUAUAAACAUAUCAUCUGUAAAUCUUGUAUUAUACUCCCUGAUGAAUCUGAUUGCAAACUAAUAACCAAUAGUUUUUGAAGAUUAUUCAUUGGGCUUUUCAGUGAAUUGUAUUAUAAAAAAAUACAAUGUCUGAGGAAGAUCAAAAUUCCAAGGAGAUUGUAACGUCGUAUGAUGAAAUAUUGGAGAUUACAGGAUUGUUAGCCAUGCGUGAUAAUUCAAUGUCAUGUGUUGCUGAAAAGAAAGAGACUUCUAAUUCAACGGAUAAUAUCAAUAAUGGUGAUGUUAGUAAUGAUGAUGUAUUACCAAUACAAAGCUGUACACAAUUACCACUUAGUUCUAGUCUGGUAUCCUUAAUUGAAGAUGGUGGUUCCAAUUGUCGAACAAUUUCAAUUGCUAAAACCAAAAAUAAUAACGUCGGUUUUACAUUUACAGAAAUAAAACAGGGAUUAUUUGUUUCUCAUGUAGACGAAAGAUCUUCUGCAAAGUUGAAUAAAGUACGUUUUGGUGAUAAGAUUCAAUGCAUAAAUGAUAUAGAAGUUACAUCUUAUACUCAAGCUAAACAACUUAUUGAAGAAACACAUCCAACUGUAAAUUUUUCUUUUCUCGACUGCCCUUAUAGAGAAAUUAAAACAAUUUAUAAAAUUCAUGGAAGAUGUGGUCUUUUCAUCAAUGAUGGUAUGAUUUUAGAUCGUACAAAAUAUUUCAGUGCAAAAAGUGAUAAAAUUCCAUUAAAUUAUUAUAUUACUGAAAUUGAUGGUCAUAAUACUGUUCGUCUAUUAGAUGAGAAAAUAGUUUUAUUAGUUGAACGUGCUAAUUCACCAUUCUCUAUUCAUAUUGUACCACAAUGGUUUUAUGAAUAUCUUGUUUUUGGAUUAGAUCCAUCAGGAAAUGAACUCAAAAAAGGUAAACAAACACUUUUUAGCUGUUUCCAUAAAUCAUGAAUACAUAACUAGGCAUAAAUCAAUGCUAAUUCAUUCUUUUUGUUUAUAUUGUCUAUACUUAAUCAUAUUUAUUUCUGUCUAUUUAUCAUUAAUCAGAAUAUUUAUCCUUUAUGAAUUAACAUAUUAUUGUAAAUCAUGAAGAUGAACUACAAAAAAAUAAGGAAACCAAUUCUAGACUAUUCUACCUUAUUUUCUCUAAUUCCUCCUCCCCCCCCUCUAUGUACUUUACUUACCUAUUUGCCUUUCCAUGAUCUCUAUAAAGCGCCAUUUUGUUUUUGUAAAAAUCUCAAAUGUAUUUUGUUUUAUAUUAGUUGUUUGUUUUGUUUUCCGGUUCUUUAUCGUUAAUUACUUGUUCAUAUCAGCGAUCUUAUUUUCUUGGAAAUUUGCCUUAGUUACUACCAUUAUUAUUAUUAUUAUUGCUUGAUAUUUUAUCAUUGUUAAUUUGUUUAUUGUCCGCAAAGAUUAGUAUUUAUCAAUUUUUUUCCAUUUUCUUUUCUCCCUCUAAAAAAAUUAAUUGAAAGGAAUGUUUAUUAUUAUUAUUAUUAUUAUUA